UGACCUAUCAUUUGUGGCCAGGUCGCUUCUGAAAAAGAACUCAGUUGGCCUUACCUGGUAGAAUAAAACGUCUUAGUUUAGUGCAAGAUACUCCGGAAAGCAAGACUCACUCCAAGAUAUGGGGAGAACCGUCAACUGAAUGGGAUUCUGAUCCACUAGAUUAACACGCAUUUUCCUGAAGACAAAUGCACGCUCUGGAUUGUAAGAUACACCCCCAACUUUUGCUUUCAAACAUGGGAGGAAAAAAAAUCACGUCUUAUUAUCUGGAGAGUACGGUAAUUGAGACAGAUGAUGACGCUAAUGAUCUGUUAUGAGUAAAGUGCCAGGUUUUCUGAUUUAUUUUGCUGAUUGAUAACCGAUUACAUGUUGCUGAAUUACCCGACUUAAAAUAACACGGAAAUAGGGGUGGGGGAUAAAAAAAAAGUCUCAAUCUCUUUUCCCGCAUCUUCUGCUGGACGGGAGGUGAUGGGUGGGACUUGGCGAUGUCAUCGGCCCCAUUGUCAGCCGCAUCGCACCGUAAAAGCAGAGCCCAGUAACUCGCCAAGGGAGCGGAAAGCGCAUCCUUUGUAGCUGGCCAAUGGCCAAAAAAGAGGGGACCUUUCGAAAGAAAGCAUCCAACUGUUGCGCUCUUACGGCUGAUGCCAUUGAGCUGUAAUGAGCGUUGCAGUGCCGGCGGCUGGUUGCUCUGCAGUGGAGUCACGUGCGAAGUUUGGCCAGGUGAAUUUAUUACCUGGGUGCAUUACGUGGUGGUAGCAGCAGCACUGGACUGUGAGGGAUGGGGUCGGUGUGGCGAGGCUUUCAUCAGGCAGUGGAUAGACACUGGCUGAUGAUGAAUCACUUUGGCGGUUUAAUAUUAAAAUGAUGUACCUUUAAUCACGCUGGGGAUACUGCCGUGGCGAUUUUCAAUCCGGAGGUCGAGAGGUCGCCGGUUUUGAAUUGAUCUCCUGGCAUGGCAGUAACAACAAUGGUACAAGUUUCUUAAAUCUUCGCUCGUCCUCCAUCCACCCAGCGGUAUAAACGGGUACGCCACAAGUUGGUCGACCGGCAAAGUCACGUGAGGUGGGGUAAAGUGUGGGUUACGCCCACCUCUUCCAGGGCGUCUGGGUCCGUGUAGAAGCGUGGGCCGUUAUAGCCUCUCGAGGAGCUCCCUGUAGUUGGAGGGGCCCUUCCCCGUCAGUCGUGUGGCGGGGCAAGCGAUUCCAGGGCUGCACUUUUUACCGUGUUAAUCAAGCGUGGUGUUUUGCUGCGCGUUUGUGCGUGUGACCCCCCCCCCCACACACAGGGAGGCGGCGGAGUUGUGGCGUUCCUCUUAAUACCGUAGCUGCGUACAUUGUUUAAUAUCCUGUGGAUAACUUAUAGACCAUAAUCGAGCCGUCACAUUUCUUUGGAACCUUAAUGCUCAACUAUUGUUUGGGCAAGUGAAAGAAUUUCACGUGGGAUGGUGGCAGAGGGGGUGGUCCUGUUCCAGUUUAACGCACUGUACUUGGGUAAAGAAGAGGGAGGAGGAGGAGGAUGUGAUGGCGUAGUGGUUUGCACCCUCAACUGUGAACCUGGGAAUCUGAUUUUGAUUCAUGGUCCUGCCUCGCAUCAAUCGCCGAGUGAUGAUAUCUGUCUCGGUCCUAGGCUCUCUCCCGCUGAAACAACGCAAUGGUCAAACAACCCCCAUAGCUGAUACGACGUGACCAUCUAGCAGUGGAUUAAGAUGAGCCUGUAAUAGAUAUACAUGUCGCUAUACAAUGGGUAAAGUACUAAUAAUUUAUAUUUAGCCGUUAAUGAGUACUUGCCAUUAGGAGUGAGUUGGCUGAUGAGCAAACCUUGAAAAACAUUUUUUUUCCCCAAGAAGGGGCUAAUAUGCUUUAAUUAUUAUAUAUACUUUAUUUUAUUUUUGCUGCUAAUGUUUUAAUUUUAUUCCAUCUGUCCUAUGGUGUCAUAGCAUGAGACAGUGGUCAUUCAGAAAUCGUGCAGGGCUAUGCCCCCCCCCCCGCCCCGUGUCAGAGAACACCGUGGGUAAAGAGAUGAAUGAGAUAUCGCAGACCUGAGAUCACUCCUUGUGGCCUCUUAUACCCACACACCUUCCCACAUGCCCCGUCGACAGAGAUCAAGGUUAUUUUGUUUGAUUGUAUAUUUUGUUUCACCGAAUGAGAAUUCAAGACACAUUGCAAGAGUGACCGCUGGGGCAUUAUUCUGCCAGUAAGGGGGCGAUGAUGUGCUGCUGCGCUUGUGAUCCCAAUUUAGUUAUUUGCAGGUAGUUUUUUUUAAAUGGUCACUUUGGAGCGUGACGCCAGGAUGUGGCGGCCUACCCGUGCGAUUGACGUCGAGGGUUAGUUAACGUCCACUGUGAGAAGGGGCAGACAGGGCGUAGUGUUACAGUUAUUCUACCCCCCAAGUAAUGAUCAGGACAGCCGCUGGAAUGGAACCGUGAACGUCUGCAACAAGCAGCCAACUUUGCAGUCUUCUUUGUUCAGUUUUAUUAAAGAAUUUUCCGUAAUUAAUUUCCGUUGGAUGUCGUAAUGACCAUGUCAUCAGCAAAUAUGAUAUCCGUAAUGUUGUCUCCAUUUUAUGAUCGUCUGUUUCUGGAAUGCAGUUUUUGGAGAAACAUCUUAUAACGUUGCGAUGAAUAACUUUGGGGAAAUGUUGUUACCAUGUCUGACUCAUCUUCUGCUACGUGUUGAUUUUCACAUGUUAUUUUUUUUGCUUCAUGCAGUUUCAUAGCUCUCUCCCCGUCUUGGAAUUUAUCCUCGUAUUUACGAAAUAUGUUUUUAUCCAGAAAAUUCGCUAAACAAUUGAAAAUAUUUCUCAAGACGGAAACUGCCGGGAGAACUCAUUGAGGUGCGAUCGCCUGGCUCGCCAGGAGAAGGCCAUGCAGCAAAUGGACUAAUCUCCAUCUGUUUACAUUUAUACGGGGAUAGAGUGUUGCCCCCCUCGCACGCGGGUUUUCUCUGCAUUCCUCCCACUUGUAUAGUAACUCAUUAAUCAACUGAAAAAUAUCUUUAAAUGAAAACUCAAUGCUGGACCCUCCUGAGAAAGAGGUCGAUGACUCAGUCUGGCUUUCCUGCAAUAAUUACAAUACAAUAGAUGAUUGAUUAUCCGGCAGCUUACGGGAGAAGGGGUUGCCGGAUUCUCAAAAACGCCAGAUAAUCACAACAUCGUUUAAAAUGUGUUAUUUUUGGCACACUCUUGUAUAACACGUUUCAGGUGUUGCGUCUUUUAAAUUUGCUAAAUGGAAUUGGCAUAAAUAAACAUAAAAAUAGACAAAAAUAAACACCCUACUGUAAAAAGUUAUGGUAUUUACUGUCCAGUACUUACCACUCCAAUCUCGAAGACCCUCCACUCCGUCACUUAUUGAGUAAACACGAGGGCGGUGACUUGAGGCGUUAAGUGUUGGUGACAGCGUGAGACGCCGCGAGUGGGCGGGUGUGUGAGCGGGCACUUGGAUUACGUCUACCGAUUACAUCGACGGAUUACAACCUUGGAUUACAUCUACGGUUUCCAUCUCCGUCUCCUCCGCUACGUCUCGAGCUUCGACGCGAGGCCCCCCCAUUCCUCCACCUGUCAUGCCCAAAUAUUAAAAUAGCUGCCGUGCUGUGCCUCGAUUCGCUGGCUCUAUCCGGCUGGUGCUUAUGUAUACACAUGUAUAUUUAUAUCUGUAGAGUCCGUGCAUAUAUAUUUACGUGCACUCCUCCCUGAACGACCACAUCGCCGAACGGCUAUAAGCCAUCUUCAGAUUCUGUUGCACGGGGCCGAACGCGAAGGACGCAAUGAAGCGGUGUUUCCUGGGCUGUGCGAGAGAUUUUGACUCGCUGGACAAGGACAAUGUUUAUGAAAACAACAAGCUGGCUUUUGAGGUUGCGGAGCGGGAGCUGGGCAUCCCGGCGCUGCUCGACCCGAGCGACAUGGUGAACAUGGCGGUGCCCGACCGGCUCAGCGUACUCACCUACGUGUCGCAGUACCACAACUACUUCUGCGGCAAGCAGACGGCACUGGGAAGCUCUGAGCCUGGUGCCCGGGUCGCCACUUCGCCGUCGCUCAAACCGAUCCAGGACGCGACGGAGGAGGGGGCGACGACGAUCGUGGUGGGGCCAGCGUUGGAGGGAGGAACCAGCAGCACCAGCAGCAGCACCAGCAGCAGCAACAGCAGCAGCAGCGCGGGUCCCAGCUCCAGCACCUGCUGCCUGUGCCAGCGCCACGUGCACCUGGUACAGCGCUACCUGGUCGACGGAAAGCUCUACCACCGCAACUGCUUCAGGUGCAAGGACUGCUGUAACACGCUGCUGCCCGGCACUUACAAGCUGGGCGCAGACCCCGGGACCUUCGUGUGCACGCACCACCGCACGCCCAGCCACCUGUCCCGGCGGCCGCCGUCUGUCCGCCCACCCCGACCGCCCCAACCACCCGCCGACGUCAAGUCCCCCGACUCGGGCCCCAAAUCGGAUCCCAAAUCGGAGACUAAAGACGCCGAGAUGAGGAGCAGCAGCAGCAGCGGCAGCAGCGGCAGCAAGGUAGACGUGGACCCGAGCCGGCCUCGUCCCGAUGGUCUGGCUGACACCCGCGGCCCCGAAGGAGCAGAAUUAUCCCAAAACCACGGCUCAGAGUGGCCUUCCCACACCAGAGCGGAGUCUCUGACGGACCCAGAAAGCGCUUGCCGCUUUAACGGCGAUGGUAGAGGAGAGCGGAGCGGAGGGGAGGAGGGCGUCGGAGGCAAGGAGGCGGCGAGCACCACCACCACCCCCCCCACCGUGAAUGGAGUGCAGGCACCGCUGGGGAGCGAGCCAGACGCCCAAGGGUUAGAGGACGCAUGCGGAACAUCGUUUGCCGCGGCAGCGGGAGGAGAAAAGGGGGGCGAGGCGGCCGAUCGUAGCACACCGCCCGCCGAGGACAAGGCCGCCACACCCGGCGGACCGGAGAUGACGGCGUCCGGUGGAGAGACGUCUGGUGGUUUUCCCGAGGCGUCGAGCGGUGAGGCCGAUUCCGGCACGGCCGAACGGAAUCGUUCGGCGGCGGAGGAGAGGAGCGAAGGGGAGGGCGCUGCGGAAGGCCACGGACACGCCUCUGUCCCCACCCCCGCCCCGAGGAGGAACACAGAGACACCGUCCCCCAGCACGCGGCCUGUGCCAAAACCACGGGGCCACGCGGCGGAACAAACAGGCUCGACGGCGGCGCUUCCCGUGCCGCGACCCCGCAGCAUGGCGGCGCCCAUCUCCCCGCCGUGGUUGUCCCUGGUGGGGGCCGAGUCCCGCAAGCGGCCCGCGCCGCCCCCUCCUCCGCGCCCACCUGGCCUCAACGCUGGCGUCAGGAGCCCCAAGCCGGCGCUUCCCGGGAAACCCGCUUCCUUUCGCAAACCGGACGACCUCGCCGCUCGCGCCGCGCGCCCACCAGCGGCUGCGUCGUCAGAGCGGAACCCGGAGCCGUCCGGCGGGGCGCGACUCCGGCGCGAGGGCAAGAGGCAAGAGGCCUCGUGGUACAACCCUUUCGAGGAGGAGGACGACGACGAUAAAGGCGACGAGAAGGGGACCGGCAAGGAAACGGAAAAGUCCGAACGCAGCGAGGCGGCUGCCGAAAAUGGGCACGCGGGGACGGGGUCAGAAGGUUUGGGAAGCGGAUCCGACCUCGCCACGGGUGAGGUCGGCGUGAGCUCGCAGGAGGACGGGGAGACGGGGAACCUCAAAGUGGCCGACCACCCUUGGUACCGCAUCACGCCGACCGGGAGUCCGCAGACUCGGAAACGGGUUGCACCUGCAGCACCCGGGAAGCGAUUGCCCGGAUGCUCUUCCCAGCCGUCGACGCCGCCGACCGCACGCUCGCUAGCGCGGGGACCACCCCCCCCCAGGCCCCGGUCCACAGAGCCCCCGCUCACGGCCUCUGAGACGUCACUGAGCGUCGCUCGUUAUGUAGCCGAGCCCGCGGGCCCCUCCAAACCCUGCAGCCAAUCGCAACCGGCGCUGUCCGCGCCGGCCGACGCUGCCGCCGCCCCCGUAGAAGUGCCGCCACCCGUCGCGGCUGCGGCCGCCCCCUCAGCAGAGGACUCCCCCGAGAUCCCGCAGCACGAGGUCAAGCCCGCAGCGCCGGACUCGCCGGACGGGGCCCCGCCCACGAGCGACGCCCCGCCCACGCCAUCGCAGGCCACACCCCCUCCACGCCCGGCCACGUCCCCCGGCCUGCUGGUGGCCAAUGGGACCUUGAGCGCGGCCGCAAGCCCCGCUCACUCGACGGGAGACACGCCCCCUCCUCGCCCGGCCACCGCCCCCACGCGGCUGCCACCCCAGCCUCCUGGCACGCCCAGCGCCCAGCAGAAGACGAUCUGCAAGGAAAAUCCCUUCGACAGGAAGCCGCUCGUUACAUCCUCCUCCCCGUCAGCUGCUCCGGCUCAGAGAAAAUCCCGGAACGGGCCGAAGCCGCGCCGGCCCCCGGCACCGGGGCACGGCUUCCCCAUUAUCAAACGCAAGGUCCAGUCUGGGGAGCCGGUGCCAGAGGAGGAGAUCCAGAGCGAGCUGGAGCGCAUCGCUAGGCAGCUGGACCGGCUGGAGCGACAGGGCGUUGCCAUGGAAACCAGCUUGCGCCAAGCGGACGGAGAGGAGGGCGAGAAUCCGAUGAUGACAGACUGGUUCAAGUUGAUCCACGAGAAGCAUCUGCUUCUGCGCCAGGAAUCUGAGCUCAUCUACAUAUCCAAACAGCAGAUCCUGGAGGAGCGACAGGGAGACGUGGAAUUUGAGCUCCGGCGCCUGUUCAACAAACCCGACUCGGAGAAGAGCGCGGAGGAUCGGGCGCGCGAGGAGGAGCUCCUGCAGGAGCUGGUGAGCAUCAUCGAGGCACGCAACGCCAUCGUGGAGAGCAUGGACGAGGAGAAGCACAGGGAUGAAGAGGAGGACAAGGCCCUCGAGGGAGUCAUGCUCAAGAAGGCAGAGUUCCUGAAGGCGGAGAUGGACGUCCGCUCUACCUCCUCGCCCUCCGCACCGGGUGACAGGAAGAAGGGAAAGUUCAAGCCGCUCAAGCUGCUCCGUCGCUCCAGCACCAAGACCGACAAGAAGAGUGGGAGCAGCGGGGGCAGUGGGGGCAGCGGCGGGGCCUCGGGGGGCAGCAAGGGCACGGCUGGGGCAGCAAAGUGAGCGGUCAGCGGCGCCUGGGUUCGUCGUGGAGGCCGGUGCGAAGACGUAGGAGCAGCGUCGUCAACUUGGGCCGGAGGGGUUGCUGGAAGGCCGUGAGCCUCCAACACGGUUGUCAAGAGUGGUGGUGGUGCAGGUGGUUGAGAACAGAGCAUGUGUGAGAGUGUCGUGAGUACAUGGCACUGGCCGUGCCUGCCUGUUGAUAUCGGCUGCUUUUGACAGGAGGCAUGUAAUGAUUCGUUGACCAAACAAUCGGUGUGUACGCUCGCCCACGUGUUCCAUCGGAUUAAUUUUUUCGUGGUUUAUGAGACCUUCCUAUAGACCGAACGAAACUGAUUGAGGCUCAAACAGUGGGGCAGAACGUACGAGGACGAACGACGCCGGCGAGACAAACUAGAACGGGUAAUUUAAUCAAAGCAUUGGCAAAUAUUUAGCGUGAAUCGCGACAAUCGGAUCUCAGAGGUGGGGGGGGGGGGGCGGGGGAGAGGUGGAUCAUUAUUACAUGGCGAUUUGAGAGGCUGCUUGCAAAACACCCCUGUGCCCACGGGAUCACUUUGCGAGUCGUGGAGCAGAGGGCCGGUCGCUGCUGUUGGAGGCCUUGCCUGUUGUCGCCACGCUGCACGACCUGCGGUCAGCAGUUCACGGAGGGUAAAGGUGCAGCCCUGCAAUGUCCUGCGUCGCCGCUGGCAGAAAGGGCCUCUGCUGGAGGACGCCGCUCCAUUAAGGCCCCCUCUAGAGGGCAUUUUGGCCCACUCUACCACGCUGACCAGACACGAGUACCCACACUUUACCCCACCACACAAGACCUGCCCAUAAACUGUGCUGUACUCAUAAUGCUGGGUGGCAUGAGGCGGAGGGGACGGUGGCGUGGAUUCAUAAAUGUGCUCCAGUGUUUCAACUCCCGCGCCGGGAGAUCGAUCCGAUUACUUGCGGAAUUGCAAGUCCCAAGUGUGUGACCAUUACACCACUGGCAGCAUCCACGCACGUCACGUUGCCUGUGUGUGUUGUGUACGUGAAGCCUGGCCAGAAUUCUGGAAGAAUAUGGUAGUGUUACCACGAACAGCCUCAUGCCCACACUCUGAAACAUCUGCGGGUGAUUUGACCCUCCCAAGUUACCGUCAUGCUUCUGAGAGGGUCACUCUUGCGAAUGAGACUGCUAUCCUGGCCUCUGGAGUUCCCAUCUGGUCAAACUAAAUACGCUUGAGGGUCAACAGCAAUUUCGGCAGCCCCAUUGGUGGGAAAAAGCAUUAUAAACACUUUAUAUACUUGCAAUAAAGCACACUAUUAUUUCACAGUGACGGUUAUAAUCUGCCCACA